AUGGAAGGUGCAGCCUCUCUGUAAAUGCAUUUGGCCGGAAUGUGGGCGUGUUUCUCAGCUUUCAGAAUUAGGACAGCAACAGCAGUUUAAAGCAGUGCUGUGUUUGUCCUUACAGCAGCCACCAUGCAGAGAACACACGUACAACUUGCUGUCCUACUUGGAUUUCUAGUUCCUCACGUUUGCAGCCUUGCCAGCAGCACUUCCCACUCCGACUGUGCUACAUGCAUUUCACAUUUAUGCAAAAAGCAAAAGGUUCUUUUUAACAGCAUCUGUGAAGGCUGCCAAAUGAAAGGCCCUGAAGUGUGUAACACGACAAUCCGGGCUGCAUUAGACCGAUUUGAUGGGCCGCAAGAGUGUGUGUGCGCCUGGGACGAAGAGGGGAGCAUACAAGAGCUGCUGGCACAAUGCGAGCUGAAGCCAGCUCCACACAAGACAAGCACACUGACUGACUGGCAGUCAAGUAGUUCAAUAGAAUUUGAGGAUGCUGCUGGAUCAUGCACAGAACAAUUGAGACUUUGUGUGAGUGACUCCGUUUGUAACAAGCAUUUGGCACCUGUCCUUCAGACUUGCAUGGAGGCCCAGUGUGGCCAUGACAACUGUGGCCAAGAAACUCAACAUUUCUACAGUAGCAUGCCACACAACUUAGCUGAGAGGCUGGUCAUGUGUGAAUGUGAUCCAUCAGAUGUAAGCUGCCUACAAAUGAAAGCAGCAAUACAUGGCAGCACAUGUGAAGACGACCCUUGGAUCUGUCAGGAGGCUGUGAGACGCUGUGUAGAGGACCAUCAUUGCAGAGAAUUGCUAACACGUUUUCAAGCCAAGUGCUGGAGCUCCAAGGAAUCAACAUGCAGUGACGUAGCUCUUCAAAGUGAAUGUUACCGCCUCAUGAAUCCAGCUCUCAUCCUUGGAGGAGAGCUGGAAUGCAGAAAGGCGUUCGUUGCCACUCUGGGCACUGCACUACACCAUACGUGCACAUGUGAACAAGUAUACGGUGCUGAUCUCUACAUAUGCAGCAUGAUUCAUGACGUGCUUCACAACAGAUCACACUUCAAGACCCACUGGAUGAGGGGUAAUGGUCCUUCUAAUCCUCCUCCAAUCAGUGAAUCAGAUGAAGGUCAGAGCGGGCUAUCUGAUUAUCUGCUCUAUAGCUGUGCAGCUGCACUGCUGGUGGGAAUUCUGUUAAUGGCUCUUUUGUGUAAAAUACGGGUGGUGAGAAGAGACAAGAGACAAGAAAAACCCAGAUUCCAACCUCUUCCAAAAAGUAAUUGCAUUGUUACUAUGCAAGAUUUUCCGUAAAUGUCAAUUCGGUCAUUUUGUAGCGAUUUGAACUCCUAUCAGACAAGAAGGAUGACCCAUAGAGGAGCAGUUAAGAUUGCCAUUAGAUGUUAUUCUCAUUGGUAUGCAUCCUUUCUUUCUUUUACUUCUUUUUCGUACAUCUCUUACAAU